GUUAGUACAGCAGCUAGUAGCUAGUAGCAAAGAUGGGUAAAGUGUUGUUUCUGUUGUGCUUGGUGGUGGUUGCUGUAGCAGCUGGACAGUUUGAACGAUCCGCUCUCGCUUUCCGUAUGCGGCGCCAUGCUAGCAUGCGCUGUUGCAACGACGGAUUUGAAACCUCAGAGAUUCACGCCAAGUUUGAGGAGAUCCGUCAGGGUUGUUUGCAGGAUCUUGGGUUAGAAGGAGUACCCGAUGAAGAGAUUCAUAAGAAUCGCGAACAUCUGAACUGCAUCACUGAGUGCAUCGUGAAGAAGGAAGCUAUAGCCGAGGAAAACGGUGCACUGGUGCACACCGAUCUGGCCAAGGUGGUACAGGAGCACAUGAGUACGAUCGAGUGGAAGGUACCGCUGGUGGAUGGGUUCGUGAAGCAGUGCUUCGAUAUGGUCGAUGAAGCUCACAAAGACUUCCAGCCCAGCGAGGAAGCGAAAUGUAAUCCGGAAGGUUUUGAAUUCGUUUUCUGUCUGUGGCGCCAGUUUGCGCUGUCCUGCCCGGAGGAGUUCCGCGAUAAUUCGGAAAGGUGUACCGAGCUGCGCGAGAAGUUAACGAACAACGAAAACAUCGGCGCGUGGCGUAGCGAUGUCGACGAAGCUUAAAGAGCCGUUGUGCUGCGCCUAGAUACAGGCGUAUCAACAGAUGUCGCUUCCCGGGCGAUCAAGGCCACGGCUUGAACGACGAAAACGGCUUCGUUUGGUUUCGAGCUACCUUUUCGCUACCGCAACUGACCAAUGCUAACGAAACUUAUUUCUAGCUAUCACAUGCAAAUGUUCAUAUGAAUAAAACGCUCCUUAACGAAAUGGAAAGAUAGAAUUUGCUGAAAUGGACUAUAAAUGAUAUAAGUAAAGCUUAAUAAGCAAUUCAUGUACAUAACUCUAAUAGUCGGAACAUAGUUCAUUCCUCAGAUCGUUUUUUCUUAAAUUGGAACACAUAAAAACGGGUCUUUCUCGGAAUAUUUUGAAGGAAACAAAUUGUUGAGGCAGUAUAUGAAUGUUUGAUUACAGUUUUAGCACAAAAUUAUAAAAUCUAUGCUGCAAUGUCUU